CAACUGCAGCACAGAGCGGGCAAAGUAGGCCAUGGGGCACUGGACGCUCCAGCCUGGCUGUGUUUCUGCUACGCUGCUGCUGGCACUGGCAGCUCUGCCCGCAGCCCUGGCUGCCAACAGCAGUGGCCGAUGGUGGGGCAUCGUGAAUGUAGCCUCCUCCACGAACCUGCUUACUGACUCCAAAAGUCUGCAGCUGGUGCUGGAGCCCAGUCUGCAGCUGCUGAGCCGCAAACAGCGGCGUCUGAUUCGCCAGAACCCGGGGAUCCUGCACAGCGUGAGCGGGGGGCUGCAGAGUGCAGUGCGCGAGUGCAAGUGGCAGUUCCGGAAUCGCCGCUGGAACUGCCCCACAGCUCCAGGGCCCCACCUCUUCGGCAAGAUCGUCAACCGAGGCUGUCGGGAAACGGCUUUUAUCUUCGCCAUCACCUCCGCCGGGGUCACCCAUUCGGUGGCCCGCUCCUGCUCAGAGGGCUCCAUUGAGUCCUGCACAUGCGACUACCGGAGGCGCGGCCCUGGGGGCCCUGAUUGGCACUGGGGGGGCUGCAGCGACAACAUUGACUUCGGCCGCGUCUUCGGCCGGGAGUUCGUGGACUCUGGAGAGAAAGGGCGGGACCUGCGCUUUCUCAUGAACCUUCACAACAAUGAGGCGGGCCGCACGACCGUGUUCUCCGAGAUGCGCCAAGAGUGCAAGUGCCAUGGGAUGUCUGGCUCGUGCACAGUGCGCACGUGCUGGAUGCGGCUGCCCACACUGCGCGCCGUGGGCGACGUGCUGCGCGACCGCUUUGACGGCGCCUCCCGCGUCCUCUACGGCAACCGCGGCAGCAACCGCGCGUCGCGGGCGGAGCUGCUGCGCCUUGAGCCUGAAGACCCGGCCCACAAGCCACCCUCCCCGCACGACCUCGUAUACUUCGAGAAAUCACCGAACUUCUGCACCUACAGCGGACGCCUGGGUACAGCGGGCACUGCAGGACGCGCCUGUAACAGCUCGUCGCCCGCGCUGGACGGCUGCGAGCUGCUCUGCUGUGGCCGGGGCCACCGCACGCGCACGCAGCGCGUCACUGAGCGCUGCAACUGCACGUUCCACUGGUGCUGCCACGUCAGCUGUCGCAACUGCACACACACGCGCGUACUGCACGAGUGUCUGUGAGGCACUGCAUGGACUCGCCCCCUAGAAACGCUCUCCU